UCAUCUGUCGUCGUAAUUAUAUUUGCAAUCCAAAUGAUUGAGUUGGAAAAAGAAUUUGAUAAAAAUUAUGUUGAUUUAUACAAUAUUUUUGAGGAUAUUGAACAGGGGAAUGUUGAUAAAAGUAUUGAGGGAAGAAUUAAGCUUCGGGGAUUGGGGCUUGUUUUUGCACAAGUUUUGCACAAAAUCAGUUUUAUAUCACAAAAUAAUAAUUUGCUAAAUAACGAAAUAUUAAGAAUUAAAGAAAAUUUAAUAAAUUUAAAUGCUUCCAAUAUAAGGCUUGAAAAUGAGCUGGAUGUAAUAGUAAAAGAAACACAUCAAAUUCAAUUAGAUAUCUGUGACAAACAAAAUAUUGGCAUUGAUGUAGGAAAUAUUAAACAAAAAUUACUUCAGAAAACUAAUCUUGAUCCUAUCAAAGAGUAUGCAAUAAUUAAAUCAGAAAACAUUUUAUUAAAAUUUGACCUUGAUCAAAUGAAAAAACAAAAUCUAAAUAUUAUAGAAGAAUUAUAUGAUGCUAAAAUAGCUACAAAAUAUUUAUGUAAAGAACUCUCAGGUAGAGUUCAACAAAUACAAAUUUUAAGACAAAAUAUGGAUUUUUUUGAGAGAGACAAAUUGUGGAAGCAACUUGAAUCAGAAAUUAAUUUACUUAGACAAAAAAUAAUUGUUAAAGCAUGUAGAGCUAAAGUGGGAAUAAAGGAUGACACAAUAAUGGCAGCAAGUGACAAUUGUUUUAAUGACAGUGGAAUUUAUUCUCUUGAUGGAGAUUAUAUUCAAGAAAAUCUAAACCAAGAAACAAAGGGUCUUAAAACGAAUGAUAAAGCAGCUCUGAAUGUUGCCAAAGUUAGGACUGUAGUAUUGAGAAAGAGGAAUGAAAAUGGCUUCGGAUUAUCUAUAACGGGCGGCAAAGACCAUGCAAUCCCCAUCCUUAUAUCCGAAAUUCACGCAGGUCAAUCAGAUUCAGAAAGUAGGCAGUUACAAAUUGGAGAUGCUAUACUUUCUAUAAAUGGUAUAUCUCUACGAAGCUCUAGGAUUGAAGAUGCCAUUAAGAUAUUGGGUGCUCAGGUAGGAGACGUAGUAUUAGAAGUUGAAUAUGUUAGCCCAUACGAUUCUAACGUUGAUUGACAUCAUGAUAUUAUUUAGGAUAGCCAAUUCAACAUUCAAACAUAAAAAAAAAUCACAACGAAUUAUCUGGACUAAUAACUCCAAUAUUUAUUUAUAUAUUUUUUUCUCUGGUAAAAAGCGUUUAAUAAUCAAAAAAAUUAUUUUUAUUUAUUUGAUUCACAAAACCUGCAGAUUUCAGCCCAGCCAUUUUUUUUGGGGAAAAAAAUUAUUUUUAAACCCGGCCCAUAUUUAUAUUUUGGAAUUUUUAGUUUUGAUCAUUUUAUGUUUCUACCCUUGAAUGGUUAAAAUUUUAUUACCUUGAAUAAUUUUGUAAAUUGUAUCAAAAGGAUAAUUGAAAAUAUGACAAUAUAUGAAUAUUAAAAAUGCCGUUAUAUAAUUUUCUAAUUUAAUAGAUAGAGCUUAUUUAUUAUUUAAAUUCGCCCAGCCUGAGUUUAUUGAAAAAAAAAUUUAGCAGUCGGGCCUGGUUUGAUCCUGGCCUGUAGGUCUCUAAUCUUUUUUAAUAUGUAAAAUAUAUAUUUAAAUUAUGUAUUAUAUUAUAAUAAACAAAAUCUAUGUUAAAGAUGAAAUUAAAUUGUUUAAUCAUCAACAUUUUUGAUAACAUAAUAUUUUAAAUAAAUAUUUCAAAUCGGGGAUUGUAAAAGUAUUUUUUUAUAUACCAUUAUAUUGAAAAAUUAUAUCGAUGGGC